UCAGAGUCAGGCUAGCAUUGUCAUUUGUCAGAGGUUGUGUCAGGAGAAGACAGAGGUUGACUUGCAGAUCAAAAUUAUAGUUUUUUUAAUUUAUUUUGCUAAAAUGUGCAAUCAGGAGCCCGACAUAGUGGCAACAUUAGGAUUGCUCUCCCAUUUAAACAACGAGGAGCUGAAAGAGUUGUUGAACGAUGAUGACAAGUUCGAGGAGAUUGUCAAAGAUGUUAAACAGUUCAAGGAGCAAGAUACUGAAAAGGAGAUGCUUUUGGCUAGCAAUAGGUCCAUGGCAGAGUUCAACCUUUCCAAUAAACCGAAAUUAGAAGAUGGCAAACAAGCAAUAAGGGAACUCAGCGAGAAGGGAAGCAAACUCUGUACGAGUGUUAUGGAAAAGCUAGAUCAGCUGAAAGAACAGUCGGGCACGAUGACUGUUGACACAGCUUUGGCCCUGCUUCAAGCAUCUGCAGCGGAGAUCGAAGAAGAGUCAGAGAAAAUACAAGGAAAGUUUAUGAAUGAAGAAAUGGAGGUGGAUGAAUUUUUGGAGCAAUUUUUGACGCGCCGCAAGUUGAUGCACUUGCGAAAAGUGAAAGUUGAUAAAAUGAAGGAGUUGAUGCUGAAGCCUCGUCCUUCAUCCUCUGGAAUCUUAGGGUAUCCUACCUCUGGCAACUUUCCAGGGAUGGGACCUUCUGUUCCAUAUCCUACAGGUGUCAUAGGAAUGCCCAUGCCAGUUCCGCCCGUAUAUCGACCCUAUUAAUUUACUGCCAGGUAUAAUUAACUCUUAAUUAUUCUUCACGAAAAGAAAAAUCUUAAUCCAAAUUGCUGGUGAAUUAUCAAUAAACAAAUAUUCAUAGGUGCAGUACUGUUGUAAUAUAGUAAAAUUUUAUACUAGCUUCUGCAAAUUGAGUGCUUCGUUUUUUUAUGUUUAUUAUUGUACAGAAAACUUGUGGCAUCUCAUUUUGAACUAAUCAAAUUCCAUUUAUUUAAGUAUAUGGCACUCCUGAUGUCAUUUAAAUGAUCAGUUCUAAAUAACUUAUCAUUUUCUGGAAUUACAAAAGCAGGCGGUAAACGUAAUAUAUUCUAAUAACGAUGAACAAAAACCAUAUGCUUUGCUCAGAAACUGAAAUUCUAGCAACUUACAGUAAAUUGCACUACACAGUUUAAUAAUCCCGAAGUAUUCUAUAACGAUUGAAGUAUUUCUGAAGGAUUCAAGAAUCUGUUCACUGUUUUGGAAUAAAUGAAAUUUGCGAAGUUUAAUGAUAUUUUUAUGUAAAGUUUCAGAUAGUUGAAAAAUCUAGGAGCUUUGACGCCUAGAUCAUAAACGUGAGAUUCAUACUUACGUCAAUAUUAUUUGAGUACUCAUAGACUUAUAGGGAAGCAAUUUCAAGGUAGAGUACGAUGAACAAAGAAUUGAUCCUUGAGUUUUACAAUAAUUGUUGACUCAGACUAUAAAUACAUACUAACAACUGACAAGACCAAACUAAUGUUAUAAAGUUUUACCAGCUAUAUUUAUGAAUUUUGGCUCACUUAGAGUUGUUGCAAUUUA